AUGACUCCAAAAAAUAAAUUAACUAAUAUUUGUGCAGCCUUAACAUUAGAAAAAGCCAAAGAAGACAUUGAAAAGGAAUACAAAAUAGUUAAAGAAAAAAAUCAAAAUAUUAAUUAUGAACCAGAUGAUCAAAGUUUGAAUGAAGGAAAAGAAGUAAAGAAUGCUGUUUUGUAUGAAAAUAGUGACGAAGAAGAAAUUAGAAAAUGGAGAGAAAAAAGAUUAAUGGAAUUUAAGAAAAAAAAGGAAUUAAAAAAAGAUGGAGUUUAUAUUGAAAUAAGUGAAAAAGAUUUUUUGCCUACAGUUCUUAAAAAUUAUAGCGUGAUUUGCCAUUUUUAUGAUAACACUUUUAAACGUUGUGAAAUUUUACAUUCUCAUUUGAUUAAACUGGCUAAUAUACAUCUAGCAGUAAAAUUUAUUAAAGUUGAAGCAAAAAAUUGUCUAUUUUUUGUGAAAAAAUUAAGCAUAAACACUUUACCAAGCUUAUGCUUAUUUAUUGAUGGUGUUCUCGCUCAUACUUGUGUUGGUUUUGAAAAUUUUGGGAAUAAUGAUAAUUUUAAAACGAAAGAUUUAGAAAGAUAUUUAUUUAAAAAAAAGGUUAUUAGUAAUAUGGAAUAUACAGAAAGCGAUGAAGAAAUUUAA